CCGCCUGUAUCUCUCUGAAUACCUUUAACAAAGUACCUACGUACCAAUUGAAGCUCACGUGUGAGAAGCAUCUGGUUAAAAGUAUCUUUGAAGUGGGGUCCAAUCCGCAGCACUAUUCAGAUGCUUAUCCGCACGAUCAAUGAAAAGCGGAGCGUCAAUAGUAAACGCAGUUCAACAGUUCGAGCGCCAAGUGUUCGAUGAACGUCUUCACCACGGUUGCCGGCGUUCCAAAGUUAGUUUCAGGCAGUAUCUACUGUCGUGCAAGUUUAAAAUUCAAACGACCAAUGCCUUGACUUUGGACUCGAAAUUUGAAUCACUUUCUUAUCAAUGAAAACUGUGUUUGAUAAGCUCCCUCAGGGUAGAAAAUUUUUUUGCCAAUCUAAUAGUGUAUGCCGUUAAGUGAUAUUAUAGCAUUCAGCCAAUUAAUUAAUAAAUGAUUUCAAGUGCAGUGAAAAUGAGUUUGUGGAAUCUUUUCUCAUCGGAACUAGCCUUCCUAGUCUUGGCUCUUAUUGGAGCUUAUGUGCUGCUGAUUUAUCUUAUAGAUAAUUUGAAGUCAGUGGUUGGGAUUGCAAAAUCCCUUUUGAUGCCAUUCUUCCAGCCGCAAGCGCAUCAAACGCUAAGUGAAAAGUUCGGAACAUGGGCAGUUGUAACUGGCUCAACCGACGGAAUUGGAAAGGAAUAUUGCCAUGAGUUAGCUAGGAAAGGAAUUAAUAUUGUACUCAUAGCAAGAAAUAAGGAGAAGUUAGUGAAUGUCGCCAAUGAACUAGAAAGUCAACAUAAAGUUAAAACAAAAUGGAUUGUAGCUGAUUUCAGUAAGGAUAAAUCAAUUUACGAUCACAUCGCUAGAGAGUUAGAGGGAAUCCCUGUUGGGAUCUUAGUCAAUAAUGUGGGUCUCAUGUACGACUACCCCGAAGAACUGAGCAAAGUACCAGAACAGCGAUUAUGGGACCUCAUUAACGUCAACAUGGCUGCCUGUACAAUGAUGAGUCACAUGAUAAUACCUCAAAUGAAAAAAACUGGGAAAGGUGCCAUCGUGAACAUAUCAUCUGGAAGUGAACUUCAACCCUUGCCGCUAAUGGCUGUUUAUGCUGCUAGUAAGCUUUACGUUAAAAGCUUCACGCUUGCCCUACAGCAUGAAUUAGCCCCAUAUGGACUUACCAUUCAACUUGUUACGCCAAUGUAUGUUGUCACAAAAAUGAAUCAAUACUCGAGUGAAGUUAUGAAAGGUGGAUUCCUAAUACCAGAUGUGAAGUCUUUUACCAAAUCCGCAGUUUUCACAUUAGGAAAAUCUAAUGAAACAACAGGUUAUUGGAGUCAUGGACUACAAUACGCUGUUUUCAAGUUGGUUCCCUCGUGGCUUCGAGCUUCAGUUGGCCAUAAAAUGAAUGCGCAUUUCCGGAAAAUGUACUUUUUAGAACAAGAACAAAUUGAAACCAUUUCCUAAUUUUUUGUUUAUAAAAUUAUAUUGUUAUCUGCCUUUGUUUCAUGUAUGUACAUUCGCUUAGUUCAUAAGACUAAAUUAAGCCAUUGUAUUUGAAAACAGUUUUGUAAAAUUUAUUACCAAAUAAAUAUUUUUAAGGA